UGUGUUUUUGGUUUUUUUGUUUUUUAUUUUUGGCAUGGACACUGCGGAUUCUCCGACAAAAACGCAAGACAGCGAUGAUGAAAAUUACAAUCUGCUCUGCCAGGCUCACGAACAGUUCAACAAUUGCGAAUAUGACCGCUGCCUGGAGCUUCUACAGCAGCUGGAAACGAAGGGUGAGAGCAGCGCUCUAAUUUUGCGCCACAAUCGAGCGGUGGUCAACUAUUACAAGAGCGGCUGCACGCAGCAUCAGGCGCUGCUGCAGGAACUGGAACAGCUGCCCGACUCCAAGCCGGCGCCGGGCGAGCCCAACGGCGGCAUCUCCCUGAAGCAUGCGGGCAGCGCUCUGACCGUGGCGCGUUACAACAAGGCGCUGAUCUAUUACCAUCGGCAUAUGUACGGCACGGCGCUGGAGCGACUGGCGCCGCUGGUGGCCAGGCUGGAGGCGCUGGAGAAACAAAUGGCCGCGCUGGUUGCCACGUUGCAGCUGCAGCUGCUGCUGGCCACCAAUCAGCUGAAUCGUGCCGAGGCAUUUCUCGAUUACUUGCAGUAUAAGCUAAAUCUGGUGGCCAGUGCGCCCAGUCCGAGUCCCAGCGGCAGCCCAGAUGAGGCGACGACAACAACAGCCGCAGCUGCCGCCGCCUCUGGGUCGACGGGCAUUUCGAAUGCGCCGCCUGCUCUGGAGAACAGUGUGACGCGCGUUGCGGGCGAGAGUGGCAGCAGCCUGCAGCUGUUGCAGCUGCUGACGCACGUGCUCAAUCGCAAGCCCGUCGUCAUAACCGAGGAUGGCACGCCGCAAUUUGCGGCGCUCAAGGCGCAGCAGUACUACAUCAUGAAAGACUUCCAGAUGGCUGCCAAGCAGCUGAUGCGCAUCAACGAUGAGUGCACCCAGGCCGGCACCGUGACGCCGCAGCUGAGCACGUGCAUCGCCAACAACAUGGGCGUCAUCCAUUUGCGUGUGCGCCAUUAUGCGAUUGCUGCCAAGUUCUUCCAGAAUGCGCUGCGCUUCGAUCAGCAGCUGGCGGCCAAUUUGCGGCAGAGCACGCUGCAGACGAUGAGCUCGGCCCGUUCGUGCGAGAUUAUGUACAAUCUGGGCAUUGCCAUGCUGCAUCUGCGCCGACCCAAGGAGGCGUUCCACUGCCUAUUGGUGCCCGUCAAGCAAUAUCACAGCAAUCCACGUCUGUGGUUCCGCAUGGCCGAAGCCUGCAUCAUGGAGCACGAGGCGCAGAAACUACUCGGGAAGGAGCGCCAUACGAUAGAGAAUGUCAUGAAUUCGCUGGGUUCCAAGCCAUAUGGAGCUCACUCGACAGCCGUGCCAGAGCCGACGCUUGAAUUUGCCGCAUUGUGCCUGCGAAGCGCUCUCACCCUAACGCUGCAAUACAAGGCCAACUUUUUUAUGGCCAACUCGCCGGAGGAGUCGCUGGAACAGAAGGAUGCGGCACAGCAGCUGUGGAGCCAGCAACAGGACAAUAACUUUUGCAACCCAUCGAAACCGAUUAGCCUCGAAUCGCUGGAGAACAUGCUGGCCGCCAUCUAUGCGGCGCACAGCUUUGUGUCGUUGCGCCUGGGCGACCAUGUUACCGCACUGGAAAUGGCCAAGCAGCUGCUGCAGAGCGAACGUCUCUCCGAUGCACACAAAUUGCUGGGCCACAUGUACGCGGGCGAGGCCUUAAUGAUGAUGGACAGAUCCGGCGAGGCACGCGACCAUCUGGAGCCGACCUUUGUGAGCACGCUGAAUGCCUUGGAUCUGGAGACACGUGACUGGCAGCUCAAGUCCCUGGAUGCCGCCCAGAACGUUGUACGAUACAAUUUGGCCGUGGCUCUGGCACUGCAGAACGAUUUUCAGGCGGCCAAAAAUCUGCUGCUUACCCUAACCCACCCGAUUGUGAGCAAAAAGGCGCUGAUCCUGCAUCGUUACAUCGAGCUCAAGAUAAGCACCAGUACACUCAGUUAGGCAACAAAUUGUGUAAAUAGCAUAGAGAAGGAUUCAAUAAGCAAAUCAAUGCGGCCUGUAAAUAUAGAUAAACCACAAACAGACAACUCCAAAA